GCUCCCCGCAGUCUCUUCCUGCAUCCCGCUUCCGCGGGGCCCGGUCCGCGCGCCCUGCCCCGAGGUCGGCUGUCUCUCGCUCCGCGGAGGUCCCGCGGACUCCGUGGCCCGGCCCCCGCUGCCCGUUGGGCCGGAGGCCCCUCCCCGCCUGGUCGCAGUGUGGAGGUAUUCGGGCGGCCGCCGCGGCUCCUGCUUGGUGUGUGCCUUGCCUAGUUUCACUUGAUACUCUUCAGGAAUUAUGUAGAAAAGAAAAACUCACAUGUAAAUCGAUUGGAAUCACCAAAAGGAAUCUAAACAAUUAUGAGGUGGAAUACUUGUGUGACUACAAGGUAGUAAAGGAUAUGGAGUAUUAUCUUGUAAAAUGGAAAGGAUGGCCAGAUUCUACAAAUACUUGGGAACCUUUGCAAAAUCUCAAGUGCCCAUUACUACUUCAACAGUUCUCUAAUGACAAGCAUAAUUAUUUAUCUCAGGUAAACAAAGGCAAAGCAAUAUCUCUAAAAGACAAUAACAAAGCUUUGAAACCUGCCGUUGCCGAAUAUAUUGUAAAGAAGGCCAAACAAAGGGUAGCUCUGCAGAGAUGGCAAGAUGAACUCAACAGAAGAAAGAAUCAUAAAGGAAUGAUUUUUGUUGAAAAUACUGUUGACUUAGAGGGCCCACCUUCAGACUUCUACUACAUUAAUGAAUACAAACCAGCUCCUGGAAUCAGCUUAGUCAAUGAAGCUACCUUUGGUUGUUCAUGUACAGACUGCUUCUUUGAGAAAUGUUGUCCUGCUGAAGCUGGAGUUCUUUUGGCUUAUAAUAAAAACCAGCAAAUUAAAAUCCCACCUGGUACCCCCAUUUAUGAAUGCAACUCAAGGUGUCAAUGUGGACCCGAUUGUCCCAAUAGGAUUGUACAAAAAGGCACCCAGUAUUCUCUUUGCAUCUUUCGAACUAGCAAUGGCUGUGGCUGGGGUGUAAAAACCCUUGUGAAGAUUAAAAGAAUGAGUUUUGUCAUGGAAUAUGUUGGAGAGGUAAUCACAAGUGAAGAAGCUGAAAGACGGGGGCAGUUAUAUGACAACAAGGGAAUCACAUAUCUCUUUGAUCUGGAUUAUGAAUCUGAUGAAUUCACAGUGGAUGCAGCCCGAUAUGGAAAUGUCUCUCAUUUUGUGAAUCACAGUUGUGACCCAAAUCUUCAGGUGUUCAAUGUUUUCAUUGACAACCUUGACACCCGUCUUCCCCGAAUAGCAUUAUUUUCCACAAGAACCAUAAAUGCUGGAGAAGAGCUCACCUUUGAUUAUCAAAUGAAAGGUUCUGGAGAUAUAUCUUCAGAUUCUGUUGACCACAGCCCAGCCAAAAAGAGGGUCAGAACUGUGUGCAAGUGUGGAGCUGUGACUUGCAGAGGUUACCUCAACUGAAUUUUCAGGAAAUAGAGCUGAUGAUUGUAGUUUUGUUUUUUUCUAAUGUUAACAUUUCAAAAAAGUAUUUGGGACUCUUCUCAUAUUAUCAAGAUUAUAUGCUAUGUUAAUUUACAGUUCAUAUUUCAAACUAUUGGCCAAAUGUAUUACUGAUGCUUCUGAAGAGAACACAGGGUCACACAGACUAGUUUGAAAUACACAUAUUUAGUAGAUACCAAACAUGAAAACUAUUUACAUAUGAGCAUAUACAUAACAUAAAAAGUCUGUGUGAAUAAAGAAAUGCCUCCUUCAGUGUUUAAGCAUUGAAUUGAUAGCGUAACAGUCACUAAGAUCAAAUAUUCAACCUGCGUACCUUGAUUUUAGAGAAAGUUAAUUCAGUUUGGACAAAUAUAUACAAGUGCUAUUCUAUUAUGUUGUCAUUCCCAUUAUUACUCACUGUACUUGUAUUUGAGACAAACAGAUGAUACUAUAUACUAUUUUCCUACUUUCAUUAAAAUAUUGGGUCUUACUCAUACAUAAACUUAAGGUUUAAAAUUAAAUAUAAAAAAAUUUACAGCUUAAUUCAUAUUUUGAAGCAAUCUAGACUGUUAUGAGUCAUGUAUGUCUGAACCAGUAAUUCUUAAAGACUUAUUCCCUUAAAAGAAUAAUUUCCAAAAAGCUCUACAAUUCUAGAAUGGCUGGCCAUUAUGCUGCUUCGAAAGGCCGGGGCAGUAGGACCACAAGAGGGUUUUUGGAGUGCUGGGCAGAGGGAAGGGAGCACUUGAAGGGCCCCUCUUAGUAACGCGAAUUAAGAGAUCCAUGUUGAGUUCCUCUGGUCUAGACAUAAACAGCAAAACAAGCUACUCCUGAGUGCAGUUGCACCUAACAGUAAUGUUUCAUACAAUACAUUAAUAUUACAUUUUCUGAAUUUCAGGCAGUUUUAACAUUUCCACCAAAUUUAAUUAUUUUUCUAUUUCCUGCAGGCUCUUAAAAUAAUCUAUAUUUUGGACUGAUACUUAUUUUUUAUACAUGAAUUUUUUAAAUGUGAUAAAGCUAAACUUGGCUUGGCCAAAGUGUGUACCUGAAUAAUGAGAACUUUUUUUACUUGAACCAUGAAGACUGAAAUGGACUAUAUUCCUCGGUUUUUGUUUUGCUGCAUAGUAAAACCUCAAUCGGGGAAAAAAACGUGUUUUCAUCUCUGUCUUGUGGCAUUUGUAAUCAUGGUGUCCAACAUGAAGGUAAACGCAGCAAGUAAAUCUGGCUUUCAGUAUUCCUAAUUAAAUUAUACCUAAGCUCAUUGCCCCGUUGCUUUAAUGACCUAAAAUAAGUUGGGGUAAAACUGAACUGACUUCAAGAAUGCAGCACUUCAAAUAUCUUCUUAAUCCUUAACCUCUUUUUUGGGAGAAGCUACACUUUAUUAUGCAUUAUGUUGCUACCACAUGACUUUGCUCUUUCAUAAUACAGGGUAAAUUCUUUACAUGUUUGGAGUCUCAGUGUAUUAACCAAAAUCUGCUGAAGGUGUCAAGGAAAAAUACAUUUUUUGGUGCCAUUUCUUAGGUUUUCUUUAUGAGAAAAUAGUCACAUGGUGUCAGUGGUGAGAAAGCAUCACAGAUUUACAGGUGCUCCAAUGGCCAAGCUUACUUUGAAUUAUAAUUCUUACAGGUUUAAAUAUGUAAUUUUAAUAUUCUUAAAAAGUGUUCUGUCCAGUUAUUCUUGUCUAUUUCUUGUGUUAAAAAAAAAAAUGUAAUGUAAAACAGGAGGGCAAAGGGAAAGUGGCUAUUUUCAGUAAACUUGUUUCAUUUUGUCCUUAUUACUAGAAAUUUAAUGGGUCUUUGAGAUUUUAAUUACCUCUGUUACCUUUAUUUUAUUAAAAAGCUGGACUUAAUCAGUAAAAUAGGAACUCCGUACAUGAAGCUGUUAAAAGCCUUUAAGUCAACAUUUAGCUUCUUUAGUUUCCCAAGUUGUCAGAAUUUGUUCUCUCAGUAUAAAUAUAGACAAUAUUCAAGGGUGAUAUUUAGAUCGAGUUUAAACUGUAAAUCCACUGUGCAAGUUGUAUUAGUAUCAUUGUUUUCAGUACCUACAUGAGGAUCGUGAUACACGGUAAUCUCAGGGUCUUUUCCCCCGCUCUGUGCAAAAUCCAGACUGCAUUUAUUUUUCUUACAGUUCAUUUUUCUUUAGCAAAAUAAAUUUAGUUUGGCAUUUGAUUUUCUAUUUAUCGUGGCUUAGCUUUGUUUCUGAAUAUUUUACCAUCAUUUCCAGUAAGGCUUACAAAAGGGUCAAAAAAACACCCAUGUAUUCUGGACUACUUGCUUUUGCGAUUAACCGAAGGUUUUUAUACCAUUCCUUCAAAGUUUAUCAUUGUCAUGGUUGAUCCAUUUGAAUAGUAAAGUAGAAUUUUACAUAGCAUAAAGUGAAUAUGGAUGGAUACUUGUAAAAUGUCUUGAGCAUUAGUCACCAGGUUACUUGAACACAUUGUACUAAAUAAAAACUGCCUGGAACUGUAAGGGAAUUUUAGAUGGAAAGCUCCUAUUCUUUGAGCAAGCUAUUAGGCCCUUUCUCUGUGCUCCUCAUAAACCCGUGAGGCUGGCGCUCUCAAUCCUGUACUGGUUAGGUAACAUUAACACACCCAAGAUCACCCAGCUCGGAGCCAGUAAACUACCUAUCAUGUCCUCAAUUUUGUACUUAGUUUAAACAAACAUGUAACUCUUGGAUUCCUCUCUAAGGCAAAUGUGGCUAGUCACGGGCUGUUUCUGAUUAUCUUGGUUUUUGAAACUUUUUUUCACUUUUCCUUUUCUACUUUACAGUUCUUAAAGUAAAAACCAAGUAGCCACUAGAAUUAAUCCUGCCCAGAGCUGCGCUCUUUUUCAGAGGCAUGAUUUCAUAGUGGCUAAGACCACGGACGCUGAGCUUGAAUUGCCUGCGUUGUCAGUCCCAGCUUCACCCCUUCCCAGCUAUGUGAACUACCUCUCUGUGCCUUAGCUUCCUCAUUUGUGAAUGGGGAGAAUAAAUUUAUCUACCUCAAAGGGUGGUGGCGAGGAAUAAAGGAGUUGAUAUCCAGUGUGUAAAAAAUGAAGCAUCACAGCAUAAGCACCAUAUGUAAGUAUUUGCUACAAUUAUUCUGUACUGUAAGCCUGUACUUUAAAAUCUUUGGUGACCACUACAAGUUGUUUCGUGUUGUAUUUUUUUUUUUUAAGUUCUAGUGCUCCUAGCCCUUAAAUUCAUUCAGCUGGCAUUUAUUAUGCUAGGUUCACCUACAAAACAAUGAGCAUACGGCAGGAUGUUAAUACUAAAUUGACAAUGUGAUUAUAAAGUGCUAAAAAUUUCAGAAGAAUGUUUCCAGGCACGUUUUGAAUCCCCACUCUGGGUUGUAAGCAGCUCGACUGUUAAGAUGAGGUCUUUGGUGUCAGUGAAUAUAUAGUUACAUUUGAUUAUAUGAUUGUAAUAAUGAAAUGUAACUAAUUUUUAGAGCUAUAAAUAAAAAAAAGUCUCUGGGUUCUUGUAUUGGGCCUAUUGUAGUUAUGACUUGAUAUUCAACCAAUGAUCUGCAAUUUCUAUUGGUCUCUUUAGUGAUUUUAUAUUCACUUUGCAUGUAAGUAAUGGUACUCAUAGGAGAGAGAGGUAAAAUGGGAUGAAUGUAUUUUUACCCCAGUCAUACUGAGUCUGUGGAAUAUAUUUCAUCAAAAGCUGGGAGUAGCUCUUGAGCUAGAAAAGGAUCAGUGCGGUGUGGUGAUAAUGUAUAUAUCAUUUAGUUUAACUGAUCUGCAAAUUGUUUUAGACUCCACUUAAACUCGUUUUAAGUGAAAUCUCUCCUUUUGCUUCC